AUGACAGUCUCAUAUAACCUCGAUGUCUCCUCGGCGUCGCUCUUCUCAUUCCUGAGACUUCAGAUCAGAUGGAAGGGAUCGAUUUGGAAGUAUUUAACCAAGGAGCUGAUAAUGUUCAUAUUUGCCUUCUCCGUCAUUUCAUUUAUAUAUCGCACUGAUUUGGUAAUAGACAAGCAAACGAGAGCAAUUUGGGACAAUCUCGCAGCUCUAUUCGACCAGACAAUGGAAUUCAUUCCACUCACAUUCAUGCUUGGCUUCUUUGUCACGAUCAUUGUCAAACGAUGGAAUGAUAUUUUCGCGAAUUUGGGUUGGGUUGACAACGCGGCGAUUUGCGUAGCAAACUACAUACGCGGAAACGAUGAUCGAAGUCGAAUGCUGCGCCGAAAUAUCAUCCGAUACAUGGCCCUGACUCAAGUGCUCGUCUUUCGUGAUAUUUCGCUUCAAGUUCGAAGGCGAUUCCCAACGUUGGAAUCAAUAGUCGCCGCAGGAUUCAUGUUGGACCAUGAGAAGGAGGCAUUUUAUAAUGUGGCAUUGAAAUACAACAAAUAUUUUAUACCGAUUCAAUGGAGUAUGGGUUUGGUGGUGGAGGCGAGAGCUGAAGGAAAGAUUGCCGCUGAUCUUCUGAUGAAUGAGAUCGGCAAACACAUCAUCGAAUUCAGAAAAGGGCUAGCACAACUCAGCUAUUAUGAUUGGGUUCCAAUUCCAUUGGCUUAUCCGCAGGUUGUCUUCCUCGCUGUUCGUUCCUAUUUCUUCAUGUGCUUGAUUGCUCGACAAUCCGUUCUAAUUGAUGGAAGAAGCCCCGAAGAACCUUGUGCGUUUUAUCCGAUCGUUCCGUUUCUCAUGACGACUCUUCAGUUCAUAUUCGUCGUUGGCUGGAUGAAAGUCGCCGAGAGUAUGAUCAAUCCGCUCGGAGAAGACGACGACGAUUUCGAGUGCAACUAUCUUCUUGACAGAAAUCUCGCGACGGGCUUCGCCAUCGUCGAUGAUUGUUACAACCAAAUUCCAUCCGUCGAGAAGGACAUGUUCUGGUGCUCAGACGUCGAGCCGCUCUAUUCCGUCGACACCGCAAUGAUUCCCAAGAAUCCGCAAGUCGGCUCAGCGGCUCAAUUCGACGUCAAACAGGACGACGAAGUGAUGAUGAUGCCUCAUAUAGACGAUAUUGAUAUCUACGACUUCCAAUCAACGAACAACAUGAUUCCAAGGAAGACCUUCUCGGUCAUGUCGAUCUCUCAUCCAUUCGGAAGUCGUGCAAGUCUCUCGUCGUCAAGAAAACGCAGUAUGAUGGAGACAUUUUCGCGAAAGCUCCACAAAAAACACAAUCGCAACAAUAUGUUCACAUCGUCGGCAUCGCAAGCCACUUUGAACUUCAAUUAUGACUCAACGUCGCCGAGCGAAAUCAAUCUCUCAAAUCUGGAAAUGUGUCCGAUGAAGAGGAAAACGUCUGCCGGAAAACUGUUGAGCCGCGAGAAUCCGCCGGCCGACGAAUCGCACAAAGUCUCAUCCGAGGUUCUUCCAAUUGUGAUCGAGGAGGACGAAGAUAAGACAAAAGAGAAACAUCUCAAAUAA